CACAUGACCAGUGGAGCGUAACCUGAUUGGCUGGACGUUGGAUGAAUUGCGACAGGGAUGGAUUGCUUCUCCUUGGUUACCCGGAUGGAAAUUGAUGAAGAUGCCAGCCAAAGCAAAGAGCAGAGAGCAGAACCAUUCACAUUAACACAGGAAAUUGAUGAAGAUGCCAGCCAAAGCAAAGAGCAGAGAGCAGAACCUUUCACAAUAACACAGGAAGUUGAUGACGAUGCCAGCCAAAGAGAAGAGCAGAGAGCAGAACUGUUCACAUUAACACAGGAAGGUGAUGAAGAUGCCAGCCAAAGAGAAGAGCAGAGAGCAGAACCUUUCACCUUGCCACAGGACAAUGUACCUCAAGCAAUAGAUGAUGUCAACACCCAUGGACUAACGGAGGAGCAAAGUUGCAUCUCGAUUCUCUCCUUUGCAUUGAGACACAACACUACAAGUGUAUUGAUGGAAGACCUGCUGAAACUUUUAAAGUUACAUUCUGCUGGGACAAGUGCAGUUCCAGCAAGCAAGUAUUUUUUGGAGAAAUCAUUAGCUGGUAUUGUAGAUCAAUUUGAACACCAUCAUUACUGCAGCGUAUGUACUAAGUACCUUGGCACUUCACAGUCACAAGAAGAAACACUUACAGUUGUGGUCAGAAGUUUACAUACAGUUCAUGUUCCUACACUAAAUCUCAUGCUAAGUUCAAGUUACAUAAUUGAAUCAUGAAUAAACUAGCAUCCAGGAAGCCCCAGGAUUAAUGCUUUUGUGAAAUAAAAAGAAAAGGCAAAAAUUCCUAAUAAUUUGAGAUUUAUUGAUAUUUCUUUGCAGAACACUGCUUUUUUACUGGGUCAUAAGUUUACAUACACCUUUGUCUUCAGGGCUUAGUACUUGGUAGCAUUUCCAUUAACUUUUAUAACUUCAGCAAGUUGCUUCGGAUAGCCAUCAAUGAGCUUCUCACAGUAAUCCUUUGGAAUUUUUGACCACUCUUCCUGGCAGAUUUGGUACAACUCGGUCAUAUUUGUCGGUCUUCUCUUACGGACUCGUUUCUUCAGUUCACGCCGCAUAUUGUCGAUCGGAUUGAGGUCAGGGUUUUGUGAAGGCCACUCCAGUACUUUCUGAAACCAUUUUGAAACUAAUUUUGCUGUAUGUUUUGGAUCAUUGUCCUGUUGAAAGAUCCAAUUUCAACCAAGCUGCAGAGAUCUGGCUGACUUUUUGAGGUUUCCUUGCAAUAUUUCCAAGUAUUGAUCUUUUCUUAUGAUUCCAUUGAUCUUCUGGAGUUCCCCAGUACCUGACACUGCAAAGCAACCCCACAACAUGAGACUUCCUCCACCUUGCUUGACCGUCGGAAUGGUAUUGUUGGGGUUAAAGGCUUCACCCUUUUGCCGGAAAACGUAUUGCUGAUCAUUAUGCCCUAACAGUUCAAUUUUCGUCUCGUCCGAACACAUGACACUCUUCCAGAAGGCUUUAACCUUAUGCUGGUACUCUUUUGCAAACUUAAGCCGAGCUUUUCUGUGUCUCUCUUUGAGUAAUGGCUUCUUUCUGGCCCGGUACCCUCUUAGCCCAUGUCUCACUCUCUUGACCGUGGACACUGAGACAUUUGUUCCUGAGGCAGCCAAUUCAUUGCAGAUGGCUUUCUUGGUGGUCCUGGGGUUAAUUUUCACCUUUCUGACCAAAAGCUUUUCAUCUCUAGAUGUUAAUUUCCAUUUCCUUCCAGACCUUGGCAUUACGGCUAUUCUCCCAAGGUGCUUAUAUUUGUGGACAAUUGUCUGAACAGAUGCCCUUGGUACAUCAAGCUGCCUUGAAAUGGUCCCAAGAGACGAGCCUGACUUAUGCAAGGCAACAAUUCGUUCCCUGAUGUCAAGGCUGUAUUCUUUUGACUUUCCCAUUGCAAGUCUUGAGUCAAAACGCAGUGUGUGUAAAGUCAACCUGCUUUUAUACCCCAUAAUUUCUACUUUCUAAUUUCUAAUUUUGACUUUUACACAACAUGAAUGAACACCAGACUAAAGGGAUGAUUCCAUGAAUGACUGCACAACCUGAUUUCAACUAAUUUACUGUUAAAUAGGCCAGACAAGUGGGUGUAUGUAAACUUGUGAACCACAA